UUUUAUUUAAAACUGUGUUCAGUAUUUGUUUUUUUGAACACUUGUUAUUUUAAGAAAAUAACGCGAGGAAAACUUCAGUAGUUAUGGAUAAAAAGAAGAAAAUGUCGAACUAUUAUUGUUCAGUUCAUGGUUGCUCUGCAUGGUCCAAGAAAAAUCAAGAAUUAAGUUUUCAUCUUUUUCCGCCAGCUGGUAGAAAUAAAAUUCACUGGACAACAAAAUCUGGAAAUCGAGAACUUAUAGAUGUACGGAAAGCAUGGAUAUUAAAUCUAAAAAUUGGAAAAUCCGUGUCAAAAUAUAUGUGCGUCUGCUCCCGUCAUUUUAAGGAACAUGAUUACUUCGAUUUUCAUCAAAGAAAAACAAGACGUUUGAAAAGGAAUGCAUUUCCAUCAGAAAACCUACCCAUUGUCAAGUCGCAGCUGACAUAUAUUUCAAAUAAUCAGCCAGGUAGCUUAGGAUUAUCUCGUUUAAAAAGAAUAGAAGAGAAAUUAAGAAGUCUACUAUAAUAGAAGUAUCAGAAGCCAAGUCAUUAGAAACCUGUGAACAAGACUACACUGAGGUUACACCUACUACAGAAGAAACAGAAGCAGCUGAAACAUUGUUAUCACUUCUCCAUUAUCAACCUGAAUAUAGCGGACCUAAACAUUUUUCCGAUUUUGCUGUUCAAGUGAACACUACUGAAAAAUUAACACUAUGAUUUAAUAACCACAGAUAGUGCUCUAAAUAGUUUUACGGGUAUAAACAGCUUUAUUACAUUAAAUUUAAUUAUAAAAGAGGUAACACAAAUAAUUAUUGAUAAAAGGCAACAUAAACUCUCGGUUAAAGAAAGGGUAAUUUUGACGUUUAUCAAAUUAAAGACAAAUUUAACCUAUGCUGUAUUAUCCACUUUUUUUUAAUAACACCUAAUUUAUGUAAAACUUACAUCAUUGAAAUGAUACCACUAUUGGCCUCAGUAUUAAGGCCACUAAUUCACUUUCCUUCAUCUGAGGAAAUACAAAGAAAUAUGCCAAAAUGUUUUAUGGAAUUUCAAGACGUAAGAAUAAUUUUAGACUGUACUGAAAUUUACAUUCAACAACCC